AUGAAAGCCAUUUCUUUCAACGUGAGGGGCCUAGGAGAGAAGGUAAAGUGGCGUAUUAUUCGCAAAAUGAUUAGUGAGGAACAGGUGGAUAUCUUGUGUUUACAGGAAACAAAAAAGGCAGACAUAUCUGAGAAUUUAUGUAAAUGGUUGUGGGGCGAAGGAGGCGAAGGGGAUAUGGGGUGGAAAAUGACCCCUGCAAUCAACAAAGCUGGGGGAUUGCUAUGUUUAUGGAGUAAGGCAAAACUAGAAGUUACAGAUCACUUCCAAGGCUCAAGUUAUUUAGGAUUGGAGGGAACUUGGAAAGAAAAGGGGAUUCAAAUAUUAAUUGUCAACAUAUAUGCACCAUGUGAACCCUCUCAAAAGAGACAAUUGUGGGGACAACUGAAAGAAAAAAGAGAAAGAAGUAGUAUAAAAUGGUGGUGCUUGAUGGGGGAUUUUAAUAGUGUAAGGAAGGUUACAGAAAGAGUGGGAGUCAACGGUGGUAAUGUGGGUGCAGUAGAGUUUAGAGAUUUCAAUAAUUUCAUCUCUGAUUUGGACAUUGUAGAGGUUCCACUGAUUGGUAGGUCAUUUACGUGGUACAGGCCGAAUGGGAGAGCAAAAAGCAAAAUUGAUAGGAUUUUUGUUUCUAGAGACUGGUUUGAUCAGUGGCCAGGGAGUAUACAAAUGGUUCUGGAUAGAAAUAUCUCAGAUCACUGUCCAAUUUUAUUAAAGAACGUAGAAGUUGAUUGGGGGCCCAAACCAUUCAGAUUCCUAGACUGUUGGUUGCACGAUAAGGACUUCCGACCCCUGGUGGAAAAAACAUGGGAAGAGAUGAAUGUACAUGGGUGGGGGGCAUUUGUGGUUAAAGAGAAACUGAAACAACUCAAAAUCACUUUAAGAGAUUGGCACGCAGGAAAGUCAGAUGACCUAGAGACUCAACACAAUGUUAUUUCAAAGAAAAUGAAUGACUUGGAUAAAAAAGAAGAAUCAAUUGAAUUAACAACGGAGGAAAUUCUAUUGAAGAGGGAGCUGCAACAAAAAUUCUGGGAAGUGGCCACCCAAAAUGAGUCAAUAUUAGCACAAAAAUCCAGAGUCUCUUGGUUAAAACUAGGGGAUAGGAACUCAAAAUUUUUCCAUGGGAUGCUAAAUUGGAGACGGAAGGAAAAUUCAUUAAAAGGCUUGUUCGUGGAUGGCAGGUGGAUGGACGAUCCAAAACAGGUUAAGCUUCAGGCGAAGAAAUUCUUCCGCAACAGAUUUAUGGAACAACAUUGGGAGAGACCACUUAUAGAAGGGGUUUAG